CCAUGCUUGUUAUCUGCUCAUGCGUGAUUGUCUAAACUGAUAUGUACCUAAGCGUUCAAUACUUCCUACGGUUAAAGUACCUAGACGUCGCAAAGUAACUAUAAGUUUACACACACUCGAGAUUCCAGUCCUAGAUAGCGAAGUAGUAGAGGAGCAAAGUUCAUCGGCUAGAAAAGAAGAAAUCAGCCCACGAUGAGAGAACGCUUUCGGGAAAGGUUGAGGUCCCGCCGUGAGCGGAGACAGAGAGAGAGAGAACGGAGACAGUCACACUCGGGGGACGCUCCGCCUUCUCCACCUCCCUUCCGAACCCCGACUCCGAUUAAAUAUCCACCCGCUCCUCCAUAUCCGUAUGCAUAUCAUCCAUUUACGCCCGUUUCUCCACACACUCCCACUCCUCCUCCGCCUUAUCCUACAGAUGUACCUAUCCCUGAUCCAGAGGGAGUACCUCGCUCUUCCAGGGAGACAGUACACCCUCCGACACCAAGCAUCUCAGCUGCAUCGAUUGCAUCUCGCGCCGUACAACGGGUGGUUAACAAAUUCGGAACUAUGAGUCUUGGGCGCAGCUCGGACCGGACGGCUAUACACCACAAGGAACCCGAGCCCGACGGCGACGGCGAGGACGACGGUGAUGGCGGUGAUGUUGAUUAUGGUGAUGAUGGUGAUGAUGGCGGAGAUGGAGGUGGUGGCGGUGGCGGCGGAGAUGGUGAUGAUGAUGAUGAUAUCUACGGAGCAACGCCUGUUCCGCCGCCGCCCGUCGCGCAGCCGGAGCCGGCUCCUAAUCAACCGCCACUGUCUGAGGACUUGAGAGAGCUUAGGAACCUGAUCAUGCCUACCCCUUUCCCUUUCCAAGCACCGGCGCCUACUCCACCGCCCCUGAUGCCACCACUUAUUCCCUCGCCUCCUGACCACCCUUUCUCGCCGUCACCUCCUGGUCCCACACCGCCGGCGGGUUCGGAUGCGAUGGACGAGGAUGUCGAAGAUGCUAAUGAUAUAGUCUUCGGGCGUGGCGUGCGAACACCCCUCCCGCUCGAUUUCGGAGUCGAACUCUUAAACCGAGCCUCUGAGGUCGCCCGCAACGGACUUAACAACGUACCAUCACCACCACGCCCACGCCAACCCAUAGCCCCACCCCCCAUAUCCUACGAGGAGGAAGAACAGGAGCCCGAGUAUCAUGGCUCAGGCUCGACUGAGGAGUUGCCCUCCCGGGACCACCACGGGGGAGAAGGCGCCGGCAGUGGUUCCAUUCCUAUACGAUAUACACCUGCAGAUUCGGCGGCUAUGUGGCUCGGAAAUAUGCCCGAUGAGCCUUACACCCAGAGACAUGUUUCGGACCCGCAAGAGGCAGAUGACCCUGCCGUGUGUGAAAAAGGCUCCGAUGAGGAUAUAUUGACUUUUGGCAUAGGGUGAGCUAAGAGAC